CGUGAAUUAUGGGAUAGUUCUCGCAACAAAGCUUUUGCCCUGUUGGCAGGAACCUCGGUCUGAGUAGGGACAAACUUUUUCCUGGGCGAAUGCUGAAGAAAUUUCACUGGCCAAGCAAAUCUAAACAAACAUGAUGGAAGCUUGUCGACUUUUUCUGCUCCUGGCCUUUGUUUUGACAGCAUCCGCCGUGAGUUUGGAAAGGCAAAAACGGCAAGUGGGACUGGAAGGCCCGCGAAAUGAGGUGGGAGAGGAACUCCCUCCACCUAUAUCGGUUGACCCGCCAGUGGACCCACCUGUCGAAGAAAAGGAGGACACGGAUACAGAGGAAGAAGUGAGACCUGUUGAGGAAUUAGAAGAAGUUGUGCCAGGUGGCCUUAGUGAGGGUGAAAUCACGUCACUAGUAUCUGCUCACAACAAACUGCGAGAUGCAAAAAGCUUGCAAGAAUUGACCUGGAGCAAGCCGAUUGAGGUCAAUGCUAAGAUGCUGGUGGAUUGCGAUGUUGAGUGGCCGGGACCUCCGCCAACGUAUACUAACUUUGGGACCUUCAAGUCGGAUGUUGCUGAUUUGGUUGCCGGAUGGGGAAAGGAAGACAUUGACUUAACCAAAAGUGCUCUGGAGACCGGCUGUAGGCCAAGUGCUUACGGUGGCUUCAAUUGUAACCAUAACACAAACUUAAUGCAGCCGCAUAUUCGCCGAAUUGCCUGUGCAGCCAAGGAGUGUGACGGUGGCGACAGGCAGCUCGUUUGUGUCUAUGUGGACUACGAAGACAUGUACUGGUAUGGCCGUCGGCGCCGUUGAAUGUGAUAAUUGAGAUACGGCAGUCACAAUUGCGGUAGUUGAGAUUGUGACAGUUCAGUCACAAUAGUAGACGCUAUCAUAGGGAUGCUUACCGAAUGCUGUGAGAAAGACGGUUCUUGUCCUAGCCAAUGAUUGUGUAUAAUUGUAAAAUAACACUUAUGUCAACUUUGAUAUUUACUCCAUUCACUUAUUGCCAGAUCGAGGCUGAAGAUGAAAAAUCAAACGACAAUAAGUUUGUACUCAUACUCACGUUUACAAAACCAACAACUACAGCAAGUAGUUUUUUUUACAUGUACGCUUUAUAAUAACAAAGACAGUAGAUUGUUUUCAGUAUAUCGAAUUCAUGCACACAGGUCAGAGAAGCAUAUUAUAUUGACUUGUAUUAUUUAAAAAUCAAUAUAUACAACGUUGUGAUACCAGUCGCUGACAUACCUGGAAUUGGGAGGAUUUAUUGAUCGAAAAAGCUUUUAAAUGCACGCGCCAUCGUCAUAAAGUCACAAUUAAUAGAAGGAUUAAGGUGUAUUGUACUUGUAGAGAGGCGAGAACGGCCUGCCACCAUUGUCAAUAAAAGAUACUUUUACCUUC